AUGGUGCUUAAUAAUAAAGCUAGUAGAGAACAAGAAGCCAGAACUGAAUUAUUGAGAAAAAAAGCUAGGUCAUGUACUUCUGAAAAUCUUAGUGAAGAGACUGCUGAAAAACAGAAAUCUGAUUUCUCUGUGUCUGACCAUUUAAACUUUUUUAAGGAUAUUGAAGAUGCUGGUGGUUAUGUUGGUGGUACUAAUGAAGAGCAUGAAAAAGAGGAAAAAGCUCGCAAAGAAAAAUUUGAAAAAGAUAUAGGGUUGCUCACAUAUUUAGGCCAAAGUUCUCUGGAAGCAAAAGGGGAAGCUCCUUGGCAUUUAAAAUCAAGUACAAAGGCAUUGAUAUCUGAUCCAGAAGGUAAGGAUGAAGUUGCAAGUGCUAAGCAAAAAUCACGGCUUGAUCCUUUAAAUGAUAUGCAGAAAUAUCUCGCUUUGAAAGAGAAAAAAUCUGGGGAAACAGGCUUUACUAAAUCAAAUGAAGAGAGAAAUUCACGGCAGCAUAAGCACAAUAUUGAAAAGAAAGCAGCAGAAAAUAAGAAAUUGUCAAAAAUAGAAGAGUUGCGGGCCAAACGUCUUAAACGGGAAGCAGAAGAAAGGAAACGAUCUCAACAGUUUUUAGAAAGCUACAGAAAAGGACCGUCCAGUGAUGAAUCUUCUGUUGUCCUUGAUGAUAGGUUAAGACAGUAUAACUCACAAUUUAAUCCUCAUCUUGCAAGAAAUAAUUUAGUGCCUGAAAAAUAAAAAGUUAGUAAAGGUAUGCGAUAAUGCAAAGAUUAUUUUUUAUUAAUACAUUUACAUGAUUCCUUAAUACAGGGAAUUGUGUUGUGGUGAACUGUUGCCUAAGUUGACCACCUCUGAAAGUGAUCAGUACUUCAGAGAAUGUAAACAAAUACCAGUAUUGAUAAUUCUGUUGUUCUCUUAAAUGACUACAUGCUUAUGAAAAAUAGCAGUUAAUCACUUCUGAAUCCUUUAUUUUUAAAUUUUAUCAGCAUUGGCCAAGUUACCUUUAUAGCAUUUUAUUUGAGAACUAGGAUACCAGUCUUGGAGAUGAUUCAUCGCAUCUGCCUCAGUUUGUAUUUAUGCAUAUAUAUCUGUUAAAUUGUACAUCUUCAUAGUUGGUAACAUAAAAUAAUCAACAUUCAAAUGCCCUCAGAGCAGCUUAUUUAUUUAUUUUUUUUUGAAGUUCAAGGCUCAAGUCCAUAUUAUUUCUAUUUUAAGUUUUAGAAGUUUUUUAAGUAAUAAACUUUAGAUUAAAAUUUUCAAUAAUAGUCCCCAAAAAGUAAAAGCAGCAAUUUAGAAACACAAUUCAGAUUUACUGAAUAUGCUGAAAAGAAGUGUCAGAAAACUGUGAAAACAUUAGGUAGAAAAGUAUGGUGCUUGGUUGACAGUAAUAAGGUGACUAGUUUAUUUUAUGAAUUACUUACAGUUGCUAGUUUAAAAAAGGAAAUGUUUAACCAAAAGAGUAAAACCAAGUAAGCAUGGGGUGAAUAUUUUAAUAAGCAAAGAGUGUUCCUGAAAUUGCUUGACAAAAUUUAACAAACAGCAAUAAAAUUUAACAACUUAAAAUUAAUUUCUAGUGGCAUUUUUCUUCAAAAAUUAAAUUUUUUUUCAAAAGAUCUUCCCAUACAUUAAAAUGUUAUUCUGUAGUAUUUUAGAAAGUUAAGCAUAAAAUAAAUUCUUGUCCCUGCUUCCCUAAGUUUUUCACUACUUGUUUUUGUAACUACUUCAUAAUUUUAUGUAUAUUAAUGGUACUAAUAAAUCAUUUAUGAUGCCAUGGUUCUUUCUCAGUAUUUUUCUUGUAACAGAAUCUAGGAGUCUUCAAGGUAAAAUAUGUUAUGCAAAUCAGUAAUCUGCUAUCACUAGCAGAUUACUGAUUUGCACCAUCUAAUCUGCUAUCACUAGCAGAUUACUGAUUUGCACCAUCUUAUCUAAGAUGACCGUCUGCUCAGAAGACCAUUGUGUGGGAUGAUAAAUGAAUGUCAUUCUGAGAGUUCACUGUAUAAUUUUUUUAGCCCAUUAUAUAUUUAUUUUAUAGUUUAAGAAAUGUAUUAUUUUUUAAUAGAUUGUUUAUAUUUUAUUUAUUUUGAACAUAAACAUGGUUUAGUUUAAGAAAAACUGUAAAUAGAUUGAAGUUUGUCAUAUAUAUAUAUAUAUGUGUGUGUGUGUGUGAUGUAGUUUUUACAAAUGAUGAAACUAAUUCACUCUUGGGUCAUAAUCGAGAAAAACUGCUGUGUGGAUGACUGGAGGGAAAAUCAUGACUGGCUUGAUUGUUUAAAUGUCAUUUUUAUUUUGAACGGUAAAAUUCUUCAAAACUAUAUUUUUGCUUAAGUUAACAACACAUUAGGGAUGCUAAAUGGCUAAAUGCACGUUACAAUUGCUAUGUACGCAGUUUACAUUUCAGAGAAUCAAAGUGAGAGACAUGGUUUAUUCUAGCAGCAGCAGGCAAGAGAAAAGGGAUGCGUACUGACUGCUGUUAUAUUUAUAAACUAGAAAAUUUCAUUUCAAUUCUAAGCAGUGAUUCAUGCAUUGCAGGGAGAGUGAUGUAACAUGUGGCAGAGCCACAAAAAAUGGUACAAAGCAUAUAAUUGAAGUGGGGAUGUGUUUAAUUAAAAUUUAGGAAUUUAAAGGUCUGUUGCAAUUUAAGAAUUUUGUUUCAUAUUUAUAUAUAUGUAACUAGAAGUGUAUCUAUUCUUUGCACUGGGGGGGGGUAAAAUAGAAAGAAAACUAUAACAUUAUGAAACAAACUAUUAGAUGACACCAGAUUAUUAUAAGUUCUCAAAAUUAUCUAGGGGGAAAAUGUCAGUAUUGCAAAAAAUGAUAAACUUUUCACAUAGCCAUUAAAUAUGUAAUGCUAUACCAUAUACCAAACUGUUUCUUUCUUAAAUGGACUUCAGUCUGUAAUUGAUUAAAAAAUUUAACAUGAAAAUAGUAAUGAAAAUUCAUAUUUUUGAUGUUGUUAUCAUUAUACUAUAAGCUUAAUUAUUGCUCUCUUAGUCAUUUUUUUCUGACCCUGUUUUUAUUACACUUUAAUGAGGUAGACAUUUACAUUAAAAAGGCAAAAGAAAAGUUUACUGAAUUUCAUAGUUAAUAAUAUUGAAUGCAAAUUUAUGUUUCUGUUUUUAAGAUUCUGUUGUUGUGUGCAUAAAAUUGGAAUUAAAGUAUAAUGAAAAAGAAAAAUUAAAUUAAAAAAUGGAAACAAGAUUUAUUAUUUUCAGAUAUAAAUGUGAAAUAUACUUUUUGAAUGUGUAUGUUAAAUAAUAACAAAACACGUAAAUUUGUGAAUUUAUAAAUUGAAAACAAAAGCAAAAAUUGUUGUAUAAAAGAAAAAAUAGAUGCAAAUCAAGUGAAUGUAAGAAAAACAGUCAAUUGCUUUUGAGAUUGAGAUCUGAAUGAACAUUUAAAUUUUAAAUCUAAAUUGUAAUAAAAAAUAACAUGAAAAUAAAAAAAUUAAAAAUGAUAUGAUCGUUUCAUCACUGUGAGAUUUGGACAUUUUCAGGAAGCACGAAAAUAUGACACAUAUAAUUACCAUAUUUGGCUGAGUAGAUGUGUUUCAUUUCAUACCAAAUUAGCAGGCAGUGGUAUCAAAAGUUAUUAUUUUAAAAUAAUCUGUAUGUCUGGAUAUUUAAAAAUGCCAUCCUACACAUUUAGCCUGCUGAAACAAAUGUAAAUACAAUAGUAAAAACAAUUCAAAGUGAAAUUCAUUGUAUGAAAAAAAAAUUGUUGGUUUAUGUGGAAAAAAAAAGAGGUCGGAAAUGCUGUUUUUAAUUUAGCAUAUUGAAUUAUGUCUAUCAUAACAGCAAGUGUAGGAUUAUAGUUUUGAAAAUUGUUCUUGCAGUUAACUUUUUCAUUGAUAUGUAUUAUGUACGUAAUAAUAAAAUUAAGAAAAUCAGAUUUUUGAAGAGCUUUUGUAUACUUACUUGUGCAUAUGUAUGUGCCUGUGUGUAAUGUUUAUGAAUAUAAUAAUAAAAUUUAAAAAAUCAA